CUCGCUUAGUUUCGUUCGGGCAUCAUAAGCGGCAGGAAACAUCUUUUACCAUCAUCUUAUCAGUAAAUGCCAAAAUAUUUCAAGUUUUCGAAAUAUGUGAAAAUGUGAUGAAAAUCGGAGUCUUCGAACCAUCGCCAGUUGGGAAUGUAUACUAUUCCUAGCAAAAGCAAUCUCAAUUUGCAGUGCCUAUAAAGUUUUCACUUGUAUUGUAUUUAUCUGUUCUCGCGUGUUGCAUUUCAGUCGUGUAAUUUGACUAAGGCGAGUACGUGGACGAACUCGGAAAAAUACAGUGGAACCGUUUAAUUUCAAGCAAGUUACCAUCUCUUUAUUAUUGACAUCGAAAUCUUAUUUCGGACAUGAGCAUCUCGAGAUUCAAAAAAAUUGCAUCCCGUUCAUCUUGGAGUAAUCCUAUAUAAGGAAUUGAGGAAUUAAGGAAUAACGUGUAUCGACGAGGAAAGAGAUCGAUCGAAAUCGUCCAAGUUUAAAUGAGGAUAUAAAAAAAAGUGGCUGGACAAUUUGCGUUAUUGAAUGAUCGAACGAAUGACAAUUGACGUAUCAGCAUAAAACUGCUCUUGGACAAAAAAGCGUUGUCAUCUAACGUUCAUACUAUAAAAAUCUGCGAUGUCGCUGACUAUAAACAAUCGCAAAAUAGUGUACUUACACGUAAUAGGAUCAAAGACACUGAAGAACGCGGAUAUUAUUCGCAUCGCAGCAAGACUUGAGGGCAGGGAGUUUUCUGUUUGGAUCGAGCCUUCGGCACGACUUCGCCUAUCUGAGACGCAUAUUAAAGCAGGGUUGUAUAAGUAUAAAGGUUCAAAGUUUAUUCUUAAUGGUAAAUUACUGGAGCCUAAGCCACUACAAUAUGCUUUGGUAGAGUUUGCUUCAUUUAUCGCGUCGCCGCAACCUGUUUAUAUUGUUAGUCAUAGUAAUCAUAACGAAACCACACUUCUUCUGAAAGCCUUCAAAAUAAGUGGCAUGAUAACAAAAUUCAAUCAUUUAAUCAAUGGUUUUGUAGAUACAGUACCAAUCUUCAAAAAACAGUACCCAAACCUGAAGGGAAAAGGGCAAUUUUCGUUACGCGUUCUGGCACCAUAUGUGCUAGGAAAAAAGUACACAGGAACAUUUUUCGAAUCAUUGUAUUAUUUGCGGACUUUGGAGGAGCUGGUGACCACUCAUGUAUCAGAGGCUACGUUGACUGAAUUUAGUCUCUUUUUUGAAGAUCGCGUAACAAGUCUAAAGACAAUUUCAAUAUCUUCUCAAAGUUCUCGUAAGUUAAUACUAUUAAAAUCUGUGGUGUCUUGGAAGACUCUUGAGAAACUCAAAAACGCAGAAAUUUCAUUUCCCAUUUUGGAGGAACUAUCUCAGCGCCCGGAACCUUCAGAACUCCAUAAAUAUCUUAAUAAAAUGGCUGCCGAGAAACUAAAAUCGUUCAUCACGCCUGAUGUGUCAUCGAAGAUAUUUCACUUUUUCAAAAAACGAAAGCAACGUUCCAACAGAGUCAGAUCAUCUGCCAUACAACCCAAAGAACUUGUCGAUAAAGUCGAUUCAUCGGUGGAAGAACCGAAAGCACACAGCAGUAGCAAAGAUCCAUAUACCGAACAGCGGCAGGAGCUUGCCCGCGAUCUACCUCAGUUGGUAGAAGAACAAGUAACAAUAUACAAGGAUUAUCCAAUGACCACCCAACAGGGAGAAAUUCUCGAUAAUAUUUAUUCAUAUACCGCAGAACGGGGAGCACUACCAAGUAAUGAUUACUUCUUAUUGCUCAACCAACUGGAGAACUUUGACUCGGAAAUCGAUACCGGACAGCGGCAGGAGUUUGUCGAUGAGCUCCCUUCGUCGAUGGAAAAACGAGAGGGAGUUUAUUCAUGUACUGCAGAACAGUACUGCAAAUUCCUGUACAUACACCUAAUACGAUCGGGUCGCGGAAUUGACUCGGAUAUUAUUCACAUCGCAGCGAAGCUCAAAGACAGGAACUUCACUGUUUGGAUCGAGCCUUCGAAACCACUUAAUCCAAAUGGGGACCUUCGAUCUAACGGGUUGCGUUAUAGAAAUUCCAAGUUAAUUCUUAAUGGUAAACCACUGGAAACUAAGCAACUAAAGCCUGCUUUGGUGGAAUUUGCAUCAUUUGUCACUUCGAAACCAGUUUAUCUUGUUAGUCAUAGUAAUAGAACCGAAAUCACCCACCUCUUGAGAGCCUUCGAUAAAACUGGCAUGAGUCAUAAGUUUAAUUUCAUUCAUGGUUUUGUCGAUACAGUACCAAUCUUCAAAAAAAAGUACCCAAACCUGAAAGGAAACAAUCAAUUUUCGUUACGCGUUCUGGCACCAUAUAUGCUAGGAAAAAAGUACACAGGAAAAUUUUUCGAAUCAUUGUAUUAUUUGCGCACUUUGGAAGAGCUGGUAACCACUCAUAUAUCAGAGGCUACGUUAAUUAAAUUAAGCGUACCUUAUAACUCAAGUGUAGCAAAUCAAGAGACGGCCUCAACAUCUUCUGAGAGUUCUUGCGAUUUAACACUGUUAAAAUCUGUGGUGUCUGCGGAAACUCUCAAAGAGCUCAAAGACGCAGAAAUUUCAUUUCCCAUUUUGGAGGAACUAUCUCAGCGCCCGGAACCUUCAGAACUCCAUAAAUAUCUUAAUAAAAUGGCUGCCGAGAAACUAAAUUCGUUCAUCACGCCUGAUGUGUCAUCGAAGAUAUUCCACUUUUUCAAAGAACGAAAGCAACGUUCCAACAGAGUCAGUUCAUCUGCCAUACAACCCGAAGAACUUGUCGAUAAAGUCGAUUCAUCGGUGGAAGAACCGAAAGCACACAGCAGUACCAAAGAUCCAUAUACCGAACAGCGGCAGGAGCUUGCCCGUGAUCUACCUCAGUUGGUAGAAGAACAAGUAACAAUAUACAAGGAUUAUCCAAUGACCACCCAACAGGGAAAAAUUCUCGAUAAUAUUCAUUCAUAUACUGCAGAACUACCAACUACUGCACUACCAAAUAAUGAUUACUUCUUAUUGCUCAACCAACUGGAAACAUUUGACUCUGAAAUCGGUGGAACAAUGGAAGAACCGAAAGCAUGGAACAGCAACGAAGAUCGGUAUGCCGGACAGCAUCAUGAACUUGCCAGCGAUCUCCCUCCGUUGGUAGAAGAACAAGAAACAACAUACAUGGAUUAUGCAAUUACCGGGCAAGAGGGAGGAAAUCUCGAUGAUAUUCAUUCAUAUACUGCAGAACGGGGAGCUUUAUCCAAUGACGAUGACUUCUCAUUGUCCAACCAACUGGAAACAUUUGACUCUGAAAUCGGUGGAACAAUGAAAGAACUGAAAGCACAGAACAGCAUCGAAGAUUCGUAUACCGGAGAGCGGCAUGAACUUGGAGACAAAUUUUCUUCGUUAAUAGAAGAACCAACAGCAUACAAGGAUUAUUUAGUUGCUCGGCAACAGGACGAAUUUUUAAAUGAUGUUCAUUUAAAUACUGCAGAAGAAGAUAAAGCACAAUCCAAAAGUGAUAAUUUAUUCAUCAAACAGAUGGAAGAAAUUGACGCUGAAAUCGGAUCAUCUGAGGAAGAACAGAUUAUAAUUGAGCCGCUUCCGAAUGACCAACACUCCAGUGACCAGUUUCCGGUAGACCAGAAUCAACUUGAUCGGGAGAGAAUCCGAUUAUGGACUGAGAUAUUUGAUCCUUUUAAUUAAUGGAUUUUUUCAUUUUUUUCCCAACAUUCCUUCUAGUUUAACCGUUAUGGGAUAAUUUUUUUCGUUUAUUUCCUCUCUUUCUCAUAGAAUUUCCUUCAACUGUCUCGUAUUGAUAUCAUCU